AUGUCUGUGGAAUGGUUUCCACUUUCGAGUGUGAUCCCGUAUCUUGAGAAGUCCAAGAUUAAGGAGAUUGAGCUCACACAGCUUAUCACUGUGCUUGCGCGCGGAUCGACGAUCGAGAAUGCGUCCAAGGUCGAUUUGAACCAUCUCUGUGCUAGAGUGAAUACGUUCUUGAGCUCUAACGAUACAGAAUCUCGGUGGAUUGGAACCAAACUGGUGGUUGUUGUUUGUACACACCUGGAGAUUCUGAGUUCUGAGUACACAGCGAAUUAUCUGGGAUCCUUGAUCCGUAUUCUUGGAUCCAAAUGUUAUAUCAAAGAUGAAGCUUCUGCUCCAGUCCCUGCAAUCAAGACCCUGGAGAGCUGUUGCGACGCCUUGGAAUUUAUUAUCGGCAACAUUAGAGGUAAACAGACCCUCACAAGACAAACUUUGACCCCGAAACUACCAGCGAUCAUUGGAUCAUUGUUGGAAAACGUCACUUUAAUUCCUGAUAAAACCAUCUCGCUUCUAUACAACCUGUUGGCCAACAACUCCACCACGUUCCGUCCAUUUGGGUCAAAGUUUGAGACUGCCUUGGUUUCGAUCAUCAAUAACCAGAACUUCCAGAAAUUCGAUUCGGCCUUGCAACAUAAAAUCCUCAAGUCUCUGGCCCUAAUCUCUUUUAACCUGACCAAAAACAGCCCAAGCGAGCUCUGGAGAACGAGAUUCGACCAUUUUGUGAAAGAGCUGAAAUCCACUAUCCAGAUCUACACCGAGUUUAUGAGUUUGGAAGAGGAUGAAGACUUGUGGUUGCAAUUUAACGCACUACCGUCAAUCCCUGCAGACUUCCAGCCAACCUUCUCUCCGUUGCAAGUGGACUUGAACGAGAGCUCUGUUGAGGUGUUGAAGGUUGUUUCCCGGAUAGAGGUGCUGGUCAACUUGUUAGUUGAGUUUCUGGCCGUACCGACUCCCCAGGUGAAGGUUCCGUUGAACUACCUUGUCAUGAUCGGUCAGCUGUUGGUGGCCAUCAACCCGACAUUCACGCCAAUAAGAAGAGAUAUCAGAGACCCUACGCUUCGUCAGACUAUUGCAUACUCUGCUACUCUUCUGAACCAUAUCGGACUGCGGUUGCUGGACGUGCUGCCAAAAUUCUUUGGUGGAGACCUGCUACCACACCUUACAUCGAUUCUUUCGGCUGUUGACACUUUAGUGCCUGUCCAUAGAACCGACGGGAAGAUCAGUCUCAACGAGGCAGGCAUUGUGGACAAGUCUGAGCUGAUUUUCGCCAGUUUCCAAACCAGAAUUAACUACUUAGAGCUCGUGGAGGGUUUCUCCAACACGAGUGUUUUGAACAGAUCGAUAGAAACCGCAAUCAUUUUGCUGAAGCCACGUCUGCCAGACUCGCUUGCUAACGGUACAGAGCAGAAGCUGAAGAACGUUUCUAUUUCCGAUCUGCUUGCCGACCAGCAGCUAUUUGUCACAGAGCCAGCUGAUUAUCAAAAACAGCUUCUUCGCCAGUUCUUCAAGGUGCUGUUGACCAAAUGCCAGUUGAGUCUUCCUAAACAGACAGAUAUACUACGGAUGGUAAUUCUCGAUGCUGUGAACGGCGCUGAGGUUAAGGAGCUGUUGUAUGCCGCACUGUUGUUCCCUAACAAGGAAGCACAUGCCAGCGUGCUACCAAUGGUGAAACAGCUCUUGAGCAACGACGACGAGCUGAUGAGCGUAUUUUUGAACCCAAGACUUCCGCUGCUCCCCCAGAAACGGGCAAUUGAGAUACAGGAGCCCGAAGAGGAGCCAGAAGUCGAGGACUUGAAGAGACCGUUGGUUGAGGAAGAACGCAGUGUUAAAAAGGUGAAAAUUGAGGACCCGGUUGUUGAGGCCGAAGAGGAACCAGAACAACCAGAGGAACAAGAACAGCCUGAUUCUGACCACGAGGAGAUGAUCUUCAAGUCGGUCGGAACCAUUUCUAUCCCGGAGCCAACGCUAAACCAGCAGGUCGAGGAAGUCAAGCCGGAGCAGUCUCCAGAACAACCAGACGAGCCCGAGUCAGAGCUCGAGUCGGACUUCGAGAUCCCCGAAAUUGACGUGGAUGAAGACUAG